AUGCCCUCAAAUGACAUAUCAUCAGCUGGUGAGCCAACUGAAAGGGCAAACGAGCUGGAUAUUGAGAGGAGGAAUUCGCCAGCAAAUCAGAUUUUGAUUAACGUGGGCGCCGAGGCAACUGACGAAAAUAGUGGAAUUACAAAGUCAACAGGCAGUGAUACGUCUCCAGGGUUGAAUGACGACUUAGUUAGUUUUGGACAUGAUCAUAAUGGGUCUCAAUCCUUCAUCAGCUGGAGGGCGGCAUAUCAUCAUCAGCAUUCUGCUUCUUCUUUAUCAUCCUUUGCUCAGAAGCAUGACUCUUCAAUACUUCUAGGCGUGAAUACAUUAUCCGAACCAAGCAUAUCUCCAUUAGGCAAAAACUCGAUUUUUGAGCUUGUCCAAAAUAUAAACUACAAUCAGCGGGCUACCAGUUCCGGGCAGCUCCUUCUUGGCAGUGCCCAAGCUCUAGUGAAUCUGAAAGGGCCUACAAAUAGAGAUAUACCAAGUAUUCAGUUAGCAAAAAUCGAGAAGAUUAAGUCUCAUCAAUUGCGGAGUCACUCAGAUUCUCUCGAGCAAGACUACUUUAAAUUCAAACAGUAUAAAACUCUGACAGCAUCAACCCUCGAGGCUUUGAUAUGUCGAUUAGAUGAGGAAGAAACGGAAACUGCUGAAAACGAUGUACAUCUCAAAUUCAAAUAUGACGAGUUUGAUAGACAGGAGGCUGACCUGGAUCAAAAUUCACUGUCCCACAUUCCAGAAGUUUAUUUUGAUGCUGACUUCAGGCUGGAUGAUCCAAAGAUCUUUUCGCGAAUUCUCAAGAAUAAAACGAUCUUGGAUGAUACAACUGAUUUCAAUCCAGACGGCACUAAGAAAGUCAAACUGGAAAGCGACGAACUACAGGAAAAUCUGUCAUCUUAUUUGGACAUCAUAGAAGUCCAGUUGAUUAGGGAAAUUUCUAGAUCUUCGGGCUCUUUUUUUAGCGCUCUUGAUGAUUUAAAGAGUACUACUGCGAAAUCAAAAAAACUAGUCACUAGACUUCGAAAAUUGGACGCCCGACUUCAAACCGUGGAGGAAUCUCAGGCAAAUAGAGCAAUGGAAAUACUGGAUUUAACAAAGAAGCGGAGAAAUGUCGAGAAACUGGAACAGGCUUUGGUUCAAAUCUUCACCAUUUUGCAUCAAGCAGAUAUGGCCGAGACAUCGUAUUAUAAUGCCAAUUAUGGGAAGGCCUUAGAACUCGCAGAUUCAGUUUUUGCUUUGAUUCGGGGAAAUAACCCUACUCAUACUCUCGUGGACCUGAUAGCUGAGAAUUGGCCAUUUCAAUUGCUUGAUAUGAACAGGAUAUCAGCUCUGAUUCCUUUGAAAAAACUACUUGUUAACUUGAUUGCUGAUAUUGGGAAGUCUUAUUCAAAGCUUUUCAACGAUACUUUGAUAAAUGAUCUUAGAGAUCAUUAUGAACACGUUCCACAAACCGAAACAUUGAAAAGAUUAGAUCAAAAUCUAAACCGUGGAAAAUGUUUGGAUACAGCCAGUAUAAAUUUGGAUUACGAGCAUCUCGAUGAACACUUCGUUUCCCGGUUGAAAGAGUAUUUAAACGGCCUUGCAAGAUGCGGUGAACUGAAGGCUUCUUUCAGCAUGUAUCAAGAGAAAUUUCUAUUAGAAUUGAAAGGCAUCAUUCGUGCCAAUCUGUUUCCAGAAAAUACUGAUAUUGGCACAAAAGGCAGCAUUUCAGGAAUUUCGGAUGGGACUAGGAGCACAUCUGCACAAAAUAAUGGUCCAGGAGGGUUGGCGACUACGGUGAAAACGAUGACCCCUCGCGAAUUUGAAGAUCUGCUGCUGAAAACCUAUACACAGCUCUCAGAAGCUUUGCGUCGCUUGACAACUCAUAGAAAAGUCUUAUUAGGGAUGGCAUUAGAUGCAUUAGCUGCAUUGGACCCUUCUUUCACGGAAAAUCAACCAGACAUGGCAUUGGACUUUGACUUGACUAAUGCGAUAGCGGAGUCGAUUGACGUAGCGCAAAGACGCAUGGCGAAAAUAAUCAAUGUUCGUGAAACUCAGAAUUCCUCCAUUACGCUUGAAUAUUUCAUGCGAUUCUUCAGUCUCAAUGCCAUGUUCCUGGUUGAAUGUGAGCUUAUCUCUAGUGGCGCUUCGAGGACAUCAGCUCUGCAAGACGUUAUGACCAACCAACUCAAAAAAUUCAAUACACAGUUUCACCGGACCACAUUGAGAAUUGCAUCCCAACUGAUAGAAAAGGAAACGUGGAAAGAAUGCACGAUUUCUUCUGCUACGCAACUACUCUUGAAUCAAAUUCUAGAUGCUUCUUCCAAUGACUUCAACGAUUUCCUUUGGCAGCAAGAGUGUUCUAUUUUCAAUGCCAUACCGACGCAAGAAAUACAACAGACCAAUUCAAAUGAAAGGAAGACAAUAGUGAUCGAUGGAAAAUCUAUUAUUGUGCCUGAAAUAACUUCAGAAAUUCUGAAGAUGAUAAAAAAUUACCUACUAAUCAAAAUGAAGUUUGGUGCAUCAAACGACAACUACAUCAUCGAGUUUCUUAGACUUGUCAAUACGAAAUGUCACCAGGCUGUCUUAGGAGCUCAAGCUACACGCACAGCAGGGCUGAAACAUAUUACUCCAAAAUACCUCGCCGUUGCAUCCCAGUUCGUGGGAUUUAUGUUUUUUUUAACACCAUACCUACAACAAUUCUUUAGUAAGUAUCCGAAGACUGACGGCCAUAUUAUAGAAGAAUUUCAAAAGGUUGCAGAAAUAUUUCAUGAUCACCAGGUCGAAAUAUUUGAUAAGCUCACCACGCUGAUGACAGACAGGAUUAACGUUCAUGCUGUCGAAAUAAAAUCGAUCGAUUGGUCUAGCCCUCUCCAACAUCAACAAGUACAUCAAUACAUGGAGACCAUUGUCAAAGAGACACUAACAAUUGCAAGAGUUCUCCAAAGGUAUUUACCAGAGGAGCAGUAUGCCCGUGUCCUUUCCAGCAUAUUCAGAGGAUAUGAACACUCCCUUAUUGACAUUUACACAAAAAUUGGGUUAAAAGAUUCUGUGGAAAAAGCGGUGGUAAUGCGAGACAUUGAUUAUUUUAGAGAUAGGCUGGGUGAGGUGACAGGAUAUGAAAAUUCAGGGCAACGGAUUUGGGAAUGUGUCAACACGUUGUCGACCGAAGAAGAUUCUCGUAUGCAGGCCGUGAUGCCAAACAAUCUCAUUUUCAAAGAACAACGCAUCGACGAGAAAAACUUACAGAACCAAGAUGAGGAUUGCGCUUUAAAAAGCGAGAAUACCUCUUAA